UCUGCGCUGCGCCGCUUCCCUCUCAACUUCACUCCGGGUGACUUCUUUCCUUCUCAUUCUUUUCUUCUUAUUUUGAUGACAUCACAUCUUUUAUCGCAAGGCCCUGGAUGGGAUGCUACUAGCUAUUAUUCCCUCUCCCCAAACUAAACAUUUCACCUCUCCGAAUGAGAAGUUUUGGAUGUACUGAUUUACCGGAUUGAAUGGGGGGAACCACUUUUGGAGACUUUACGCAUCAACUUGAGGGAUGAAUGUGAACUUCUUUACUGCCCGUUUUUGUUGAUUUUUGCUCCUUUUUAAUGUGAUUUAACUUAGUCAAAAAACUAAGUGUUGGUUCCACACAUUACGAUCUUGAGGUGGAACUUUUUUCUCUUUUUCAAACGCUUGGAGAUCCAACUUUCAAUCACAGCCGCAAGGAUUUCUUGUUCGGAUUCAAUCGGAGUGGAUAUCAUGCCUCGGGGGACUGAACCGAGCUGGCUUUGGAUUCUUUCCUUGGCCCCGGUCUUGGUUCUGUGUGUGUCCAGCGUGCACGCAUGCCCGCACAAGUGCAGCUGCUCCGGAUCCCAUGUGGACUGUCAGGGUCUGGGGCUCAAGACGGUACCGAAGGGGAUCCCGCGCGGAGCUGAGCGCUUGGACCUAAACAGAAACAACAUCACGCGGGUCACCAAGGUGGACUUUUCUGGCCUCAAGAACCUUCGAAUUCUUCACCUGGAGGACAACCAAAUCAGUGUCGUCGAGAGAGGAGCCUUCCAAGACCUGCGAUUGCUGGAGAGACUCCGACUAAACAGGAACAGGCUCGCGCUGCUCCCGGAACUUCUCUUCCAGUCCAAUCCUAAACUGGGCCGACUAGACCUGAGCGAGAACCAGAUCCAGGCGGUGCCGAGGAAAGCCUUCAGAGGAAUCACCAACGUCAAGAACCUGCAACUGGACAGCAACCACAUCAGCUGCAUUGAAGAUGGGGCUUUCCGAGCACUGCGCGAUCUGGAGAUUCUCACUCUCAACAACAACAACAUUACCCUCAUCCCGCUGUCCAGCUUCAACCACAUGCCCAAGUUGCGGACGCUGCGUCUCCACUCCAAUAACCUUCACUGCGACUGUCACCUGUCCUGGCUCUCUGAUUGGUUGCGAGCGAGGCGCGGCUUGGCGCCCUUCACUCAGUGCAUGGCCCCCGCCCACAUGAGGGGCCUGAACGUUCCUGAUGUACAGAAGAAGGAUUUUGUCUGCAAUGGCCCCACCCAUAUCGAGCCGAGGACGUGUGCACCCCUGGUGGCAGUGUGCCCGGCCAGCUGCACAUGCAACAACAACAUCGUGGACUGCCGCCGCAAAAGCCUAACCGAAAUACCCGCCAACCUCCCAGAGGGCAUCAUAGAGAUUCGUCUGGAGCAGAACUUGAUCAAAAAUGUCCCACCCGGAGCUUUUUCUUCCUACAAAAAGCUCAAGAGGAUAGACUUGAGUAAGAACCAGAUUUCUGACAUUGCCUCCGAUGCCUUCAGCGGCCUCCGCUCGCUCACCUCCCUGGUGUUGUAUGGCAACAAGAUCACUGAGCUGCCGAAAGGAUUAUUUGACGGCCUGGUGUCCUUGCAGCUACUCCUCCUGAAUGCCAACAAGAUCAACUGUCUUCGCGUCAACACCUUCCAGGACUUGCACAAUCUCAACCUGCUUUCACUAUACGACAACAAGUUACAAACCAUCAGCAAGGGACUUUUCACACCACUGCGCUCCAUCAAAACUCUUCAUCUGGCCCAGAAUCCCUUUAUGUGCGACUGUCACCUGAAGUGGCUGGCCGACUUUCUGUUCGACAACCCCAUUGAGACCAGUGGGGCGCGCUGCAGCCACCCCAGAAGGCUGGCCAACAAGCGCAUCAGCCAAGUCAAAGGCAAGAAGUUUCGUUGCACAGGUCAAGAGGACUACCGCAGCCGUCUGAGCGGUGAGUGUUUCCAGGACCUGGUUUGUCCCGAGAAAUGCCGCUGCGAGGGCACUGUGGUGGACUGCUCCAAUCUGAAACUGACCCGCAUUCCCUCACACAUCCCGGAACACACAACCGAUCUGCGGCUCAACGACAAUGAGAUUGCCCUAUUGGAGGCGACCGGGAUGUUCAAGAAGCUGCCAAACUUGAAGAAAAUCAACCUGAGCAACAACAAGCUGCGGGACAUCCGCGAGGGAGCUUUCGACGGAGCGUCGGGCGUUCUGGAGCUUCUUCUGACUGGCAACAAGCUCACAGGACUGCAGGGACGAAUGUUCCGAGGCCUUACUGGCUUGAAAACUCUAAUGCUGCGGAGCAACCAGAUCAGCUGCAUUGACAACACGACAUUUACGGGCCUGAGCUCGGUGCGUCUGCUCUCGCUGUACGACAACCGGAUCGCCAGCAUCGCCCCGGGAGCCUUUGCCACCCUGCACUCCCUCUCCACAAUUAACCUCCUGUCCAACCCGUAUGUGUGCGACUGUCACUUGGCCUGGCUGGGUCAGUGGUUGAAGAAGACCAGAGUGGUGAGUGGAAACCCUCGCUGUCAGAGGCCCGCCUUCCUCAAGGAGAUCCCCAUCCAGGACGUGGCCAAUCCCGACUUCACCUGCGAUGGUGGCGAGGACAACGGCUGCCUUCCUUCAUCUGGCUGCCCUGAUGUUUGCACAUGCUCAGACAGCGUGGUGCGAUGCAGCAACAGAGGGCUGCACUCGCUGCCCAAGGGCAUUCCCAAGGACGCCACGGAACUUUAUCUGGAGGGUAAUAUGCUGACUACUGUGCCCAAGGAGCUGGCGGCCCUGAAGCAUCUGUUACUGGUAGACCUGAGCAACAACAGUAUCAGCACGGUGCCGCCGUACACCUUCAGCAACAUAACUCAACUGGCCACGCUCAUCCUGAGCUACAACCAGAUUCGCUGCAUCCCUGUCCACGCCUUCCAUGGUCUCAAGUCGCUCCGCCUGCUGACUCUUCACGGAAACGACCUCUCAACUAUCCCGGACGGCGCGUUCAACCACCUCACCGCUUUGUCCCACCUGGCUCUCGGUGCCAACCCCUUGUACUGCAACUGCGAUCUACGCUGGCUCUCCCAGUGGGUUAAGGCCGGCUUUAAAGAACCCGGCAUCGCUCGCUGCACCGGACCUCCUGACAUGGCUGACAGGCUGCUGCUGACCACACCACUCAACAAAUUCCAGUGUAAAGGUCCAGUGGAUAUCAGCCUUGUGUCAAAAUGUGCCCCCUGCCUGGCGGAGCCUUGCCGGAAUAACGGCACAUGUGUGUCCGACCUAUCUGGAUCCUACCAGUGCACCUGUCCAUUUGGAUUUAAGGGUCAGGACUGCGAAGUGGCCAUUAACGCCUGUGUUAGCUUCCCCUGCCUGAAUGGAGGGACGUGUCACCUUCAGCCGGGCCUUGAAGACCACUUUAGCUGCGUGUGCUCGCCGGGCUUCGAGGGCCAACGCUGCGAGGUGAACCCGGACGACUGCGAAGACAACGACUGCGAGAACAAUGCCACCUGCGUUGACGGCAUCAACAACUACACUUGUGUCUGUCCGCCCAACUACACAGGUGACCUUUGCGAAGAGGUGCUGGAUCCCUGUCUUCCUGGUUUCGACCCCUGUGAGCACGAUUCCAAGUGUGUCCACGUCGGUCGCAGUUACAGGUGUGAGUGUUUGCCAGGCUACGUGGGCCAUUUUUGUGAGCAAGACUACAACGACUGUCUGGAGAAUAAGUGUCAACAUGGCGCUGAGUGCGUGGAUGCUGUCAACGGCUACACGUGUGUGUGCAAGGAGGGCUUCAGUGGCUUGUUCUGCGAGAAUCCCCCGCCCAUGAUUUUGCUGCAGACCAGCCCGUGUGACCAGAGCGAGUGCCAAAACAGUGCCCAAUGCCUGCUGGUGGCUGGCGAACCUGUCUGCCGCUGCAUGCCCGGCUUCUACGGCAACAAAUGUGAUAAAAUGGCCACCGUUCACUUCCUGGGGCGAGAGGCGUACGUGGAGCUCCCGGGCGCAAAGUUACGCCCCAAUGUUCACAUUUCAUUCCAGGUGGCCACCGACAAAGACAAUGGUAUUUUGUUUUAUAAGGAGGACCACGACCCCUUGGCUGUGGAACUGUAUCAAGGUCACAUUCGACUCAUCUAUGACAUGGCAAGCUAUCCUCCCACGACAGUGUACAGUGUUGAGUCUGUCAACGACGGGCUUUUCCACACCGUGGAGCUGUUGAUUCAGAACCAUUCACUCAGCCUGGUGGUGGACAAUGGCGCCCCCAAGAGCCUGGGCAAGCUAGCGCGCCAACCAUCCGUCGACCACAACACGCAGCUUUACAUCGGAGGCGUGCCCUACCAGGUCCUGGCCACGGGCCUUCGGACCAGUCCAGAACGCUCGCCUCAGUUCUUCAACGGCUGCAUCCACAAUGUCCAAAUUAACGGGGAAGCGCAGGACCUGAGCUACCGAGCCACAGGAGGGCGACCGGUGGAGGGCAAGGGCGAUGGCGUCCUUGUGGGCUGUCACUCAUGCAGCGUGUGCGCGCAAGGAACGUGCAGAGAGGGCGGCGAGAUGGGCGUCACCUGUCAGUGCCCGCCUGGACGCAGUGGGACAUUGUGCGAACAGGCCACAGUGCCAAAUCCCUGUCAGGGCAGCAGAUGUGUUCACGGUUUAUGUGUGCCCAAGGGGUCAUCCUACAGCUGCAAGUGCAGCGAGGGCUACCAGGGCCAGUUCUGCGAGCGGCAGCAAGUGCCCGCGGCCUGCAGGGGGCAGCGCUGCGGGCAUGGCGAGUGCAGAGUGUCCGAGGGUGGGGAGCCCGUCUGCAAUUGUCUGCCUGGCUACGCUGGACCCACAUGUGACACUGACUUGACGUGUCAAGGUGAGAUGGUGCGAGAGCAGUUGAAGCGCCACCAAGCCAUGCGGACGUGCACGUCCACCAGCAAGAUCCCGCGCAUGGACUGCCCCCGAUCGUGCCAAACGGCGGCGCCCCCCGGCAUCUGCUGCGGUGUCAGCAAGACCCGCCGGAGGAAGGUGGUGUUCCGCUGCACCGACGGCACCUCGUACUCCGAGGAGAUGGAGACGGCUCUGGAGUGCGGCUGCGCCAGGUGCCCGUUGUAACGGCACCCCGGCUCCACCCCGCACCCCCUCCCCCACACCCGUCUUGUGAAUUUGGCACCGCCAUUAACACAAUAUGCGUUUUGUUUACACAUCCCGUUCGACGGCCGCCAGUUUGCUGCAGGAGAAACCACAAUGGGGACACCGUGUGUGUACGUGUGUGUUUUAGAGAGCGCUUGCGUGUGUGUGCGUGCGUGCGCGUGUGAGUGUGUGUGCGCGUGCAGAGAGAAAUAUAUUGUAAGAUACAAGUGAGGAGGAAAAAAAAAAGCAUAGAACUUAUUUUUAUUAUGAAUUUUCUCCUUCUAAAAGAUGAUAAGGACUGAUUAGUUGUUUUUUUUUUUAAUAUGUUGAUUAUACGUGCUACAUAGGAUAUUAUUUUGUACUUUGUAAGAACAAAAAAAAACCUACAUUUCGGAAUAGAGUAACAUUCCUUUAAAAAAAGUGUAAGAAAUUAUAUAUAUGUAUAAAUCUAUAUAGAAUUUAUACCCUAAUCCAAUUAAUUGUGUAUUUAGUGUAUUUGCAUGAUCUUUGGACACUUCGUUGUGGAAAAUGAAAGUUCGCUCACUCCUUUUUGGCCUAAAAAGGGAACCGUACGUGCCUAGCUUGAAAAACAAAAACACGGAAAUCAACUUCACCUUUGAGACUCUUGUCCUCCGAGAUGUAUUUUUUUAAGCAAUGUUCAUCUACACUUCCACUGUUUGUACACAAAACUCGGGCAGGGGUGGAAAACCGAAAUGCGAAUAAAACCUCAGUGGAUUAAAAGUGCCACAAAAUCCCCUCCAUCCCCCAAACCAAAACCCUCUGGAUCUAGUUCCAUAAGUCAAAAAUCUUCAUGUCAUCAUCUUUUGUCUUUACACACUUUUCCUCGUUAUGUGCCUUUUUUUGUGUGUAACUUCUUCAGGCCUCUGAUUGGCUGGAACCGAAGCCAUUCGACUCAGGGUUUCCAGUGUAGCUCCACAUUACCAGCAGGGAAGAACUCACACGCCUAUUUUUAACAUUUUACCAGAUUUUAAAAAAUGCCAGAUACCCCACACAUGACAAAAAAAAUUGUGUCGUGUGCUUUUAAUACUUUCAAUUGUCAUUUAAAAUAUUAACACAUCUGUGUCCCUUAAAGCGGUCAGGUUCACCCUAAAGCAUUCGAUGUUGAUGAUCUGAUGAUACCACUGAGGUAUUUAACUUUUGGAAAAUUAAGUUUGAAGUUGAAUAUGACAAGCAACCCAGCUCUGAGUUGUAUUUUUAUAGUAGAUGCAACCGCUGCUGAUUCAUCGAAAGUAGUCUAUUUCAAUUCUUCCAGUUGAUUCAAAAACAUCCAAAAUUAAGAGAUCAAAUCCGUAGCAUUUGAAGAUCAUAUGCACAAUUGCGCCUAUCCGAUACCCCAAGUGUAGUACCAAGUCUGACCUGUGAGAGGCAGCAUGGUGCUAUACAACAUCCAGACGACUGGAAAAUACAAAGAAGAAAAUAGAAAGUCCUUGGCUUACUUUUUGCUUAACUUGUUUUCAUGAUUUCUGAUUGAUUUGAGAUUGUCCAAAUCGAUUUAUUAAGAAGCUAAUCAGCUCAGCGUUACCUUUAACGCCAACCCAUAAUUGAUGAACUUGUGCCUGAUCGUCAGUGUGUGUUUGUGUAUUCCACUUAAGUGUGUCUUGACAAAAACUCUUUGAGUUGAUUUUGGAGGGACCAUGACUCUUUGGUUUCAUGGGACAUUGCCCAAAUAAUUGGUUGAGGGUUUGAGUGUGCUUACACUGCAAAAACUGGCCUUUCAAAAAAUGAGAAAAAGAAUAGAAGAAUUAGAACGGUAGUACUAAAUAUGAACAAAAUUGUACAAUGGUACAAUUCAGAGUGUCCCAUUAACCCACCACGCAUGUUUUUGGAAUGUGGGAGGAAACCGAAAUACCCGGAGAAAACCCAAGCGGGCAUGGGGAGAACAUGUAAACUCCAGACAGGAAGGCCGGAACCAUAAUUGAAUCCUAACAACCUGCGCUGUGAGGCAGACGUGCUAACCAGGCGCUCACUGUGCCGCCUCUUGACUUGAAAAACCCAGCUUACAACGAGUGUCUUUAUACAACCAACUCAUAACCAGUAGUACAUUUUCAGUUACAACUGAAAAUAGCAUAAGAUUUUUCAAGAAGCAACUUGCUGAAGCAAGUUUUUAUACACAAACUGUCUGAUAAGAAGAAAUACCCCCCAAUGCAUAUUUUGCUUUAAGAUUUUUAACCCCUUUUUUUUGCAGUGUAAGUGCACCCACUGAAAAUGUUUGUCUUGGUCCCAGCUCUUGAUUCUCUUUUCUUUAAUUUUGAGUUAGUAAAUAAAAAGGGACAGCAGUAAACAACGUUCAAUAUGUCUGUUCUAUAAACAAAACAGGAACGUUAGCACCGGUGCUAACGCUAACAUGACCUUUAAAGCUUACCAGGCGGGUCCACUGAGCAUAUUACAGACCACAUGGAAAAGAAAAAUAAAAAGCAGGUGAUCUGAGAACACCACGGCAACGACAGAGAUCCUCUUCUCCUGAGCCAGUGCGUCAAAUGUUAAUGCCGUUAUUUUAAGCUCACUUGUUACAUGUGCUGCUUUUUUUUUUUUUUUUUGUGCCAAAGUUUGCUGGAUGUACCUUUGAAUGCAAAAUAAGUUGGUGUGGUCAGAAUUCAUAACGCUGCUCCGACCCAAUGUUGGAUGGACGCACACAGAGCUCAACAAAGUCAAAAGUAGUGCCUUGAUUUUAAAAGAUGUCUCGGAAAAAAAAAUGUCCUAAUGUGAUUUAUUCAUUAAACUCCACAACUCGGGGGAGAAAAAAAAAGUCACUCAUUGUCAUGCAGCAACAGCAACACAUUGCAGAAAAGGAAACUGCAGCACCACAGAAAAAGCCGCCUGCUGUUGUUCUUCACAUGUGAUGCAUUCACAAACGCCUCAUCUAUGCGCUCUUGCGCGACUAUUAAAAGCAUAGCAAGGCACGAAAAGGUAAAACACUACUAGGCUUGCAAAGGGAAGGAACAUUUUUCUUACGUUUCCAUGGGAGACUUUUGAAAAAGUUAUCGGUCAAGAAUAGAUGCUAACAUUUAAUGUGGUCUUAAACAAAUAUUUUCUUCAAUCAAUUAUUUCAUUGAAGAAAAACAAGUUCAACAUUACUCACAAAACAAAACGACGCAUUUAAAACCACGCAACUUUGCCUUGGGUUUGUUACUAGCUUAAUGCUAAUGCAGAAUGCAAAACGCCCUGCAUGAGCUCAUGAAACAACAUAAACCGUGGAACAACACAUCGACACACAAUAUAACAAUACUCACAGGCAUACAUUCUUUAUCCCCUGCUAAAAUGACUAAAAGUGCAUCUUACUAGAAUAUUAUGAAAUUAUUAUUCUACAUGUAAGUCUUUAGUUCAUGACCAACUGGUGGCCAUAACGCGUACCCCAGGAGAUGCACAUUGUGAGGCCCAUGGGAAUGUUCCAAUUUUGAAAAAUUCCUGCAAUUUUGCAACCCUAAACACUACUGUAUUCUACUUUAACGUACUCUACACGUUUACAAAAGUGUCCCAUCGGCAGUAUUAUCUCCAGUUCAGCUGCUUUUCCUGAUGUCACGGCUCACCUCUUUGUGUGACAAUUCACGCUUGCCAUUUUCGCUCACAACCCCUGUACAACCCCUCGACCCCUUUGAAGGUUUCUUAGCUCGUCAAUGUGAAGACAGAAGACAAAAUCAUUUCAAUCCAAACACUUCAAUGUUCUCCAGGUUGAAAACACAAAAGUGAUUGAUGAUGCAGAUGUUGAAUGUUAAAAAUUAAACUACCAUUGAAACUU